AUGCCGCUACCGGAACUCAUCAAGCGAGCAUCCAGUUACUUCCUAGGCCUCGAAUUCGAAGACGAAGAACCACCUGAAUACGUUGACAACGAAAUCUUAUUCUGCAAGAACAAUGUCUGCGUUCACCCCCCGACGAUCGCGAGGCACGAACUAGACAUCGUACACCACCCGGGCUACUUAACCAUCACGACGAAAGUAUUCACCGACCAGCAUAACAAUGCUAAACGGCCAACGCUAUUCCUCAAUUGGAUACCCAAUUCCACUCUCAGAAGGUGCCCGUCAGCUGUGGAAACGAGUCCCAGCGAGGAGCUGUGCAAUAUCAAUCGGCCGUCACACCCGAAAGAUAUUCCCGAUCAGAAACGUAGGAACGAGAAGGCCAGGAAGUAUGAUAAUGCUUUCUCUGACUCCUCGGAGACGACCAGCCUAAACUCGAACUCCGAUAAGCAAAGUAUUAAGUCUUGUGACACGAGGUACACUCAAAAUGAUACUCAAGAAGAGUUAACAUCUAGUUCGAAGCCGACAGUGAAGUCAGCUGAUUCCAUGAAAGAUGAUGUGUUCGUGAAAGAUGAUUCGAGCCAAAUCCUCGAUAGUGAGAAGCACGUCCGUUCCCAAUCAAUGACGUCAGUAAAUAUAACAAUAGCUAAUCCAAACAUCGAGAAUGUCGACUUGACCCCGGACUCGCUCUCGGGAGGUUUUGUUAGGUCACUGUCAAUGAGUUCAUGCGACGAGGGCAAUCCUAAUUGGAUGAGCACUCCGGAGUUCCUUGCCCUGAAGCAUAACUUGGUGUUCCCUGAGAGUGUACAGAGCUCACCGGCACCGCAGCGGCGGGCUCCACUUAAAUGUCGAAGAUUCUCAGCCGACCUGAGUCAAAUGCGUUCGCUGCGGUUGUUCUUCAAUGACGAUAAUUGCACUUGCGGCCAGCUCGUGGUUGCUUCAAGGGAAUCUCAGUACAAGAUAUUACAUUUCCAUCAUGGUGGACUGGACCAUUUGGCACAAGUAUUGCAUAGGUGGCAUUCUCUGCUUCACAACAUCAAACUGACACCAGGUUCCGAAGAACCAAACCUACCGUACCGCCACUUCAUGGUAUGCCGACCGGAAGUCCAGAAGUCUGAACAACACCCCGAAGAGGGCAAACCUCCCAAAAUCACCCCCGAAUUAUUCUACGGGAAGAUUAUGAACAGCAAGGGUGUGAUCGAAGACGAUCUAUUUCUACGAAAGUGUAUAUUCUUUGGCGGUUUAGACAAGGAGUUGAGGAGGGAGGUCUGGCCCUUUCUUCUCCACUGCUACCCUUAUAACUCUACGUAUGAUGAGAGAGAGAUCAUUCUACAAAUACGGACGAGGGAAUAUGACGAAAUAACUAAGCGGAGGCUGGAGAAGAUGACGCCGGAGCAGCACGCGAUGUUCUGGAAGACAGUGCAGAGUGUCAUCGAAAAGGACGUCGUGAGGACGGAUAGGGGCAACCCGUUCUUCGCUGGGGAGAAUAAUUAUAACGUAGAAAUUAUGAAGAAUAUAUUACUGAACUAUGCUGUAUAUAAUCCGGUUUUAGGGUACACCCAGGGAAUGAGUGACCUCUUAGCACCUGUCUUGUGUGAAAUUAAGUGUGAAGCAGAAGCGUUCUGGUGCUUCGUGGGGCUGAUGCAGCGGGCCAUUUUCGUCUGUACACCUACAGACAACGAUAUGGAUAAUAACUUGAGUUACUUGCGAGAGCUCAUCAGAAUUAUGGUGCCACACUUCUACAAACAUCUUGAGAAACACAUUGACGCUAUGGAGCUGCUGUUCUGCCAUCGCUGGAUAUUAUUAUGUUUCAAGCGCGAGUUCACAGAGGCCGUGGCCCUGCGCAUGUGGGAGGCCUGCUGGGCGAACUAUCAGACUGAUUAUUUCCACUUGUUCCUGUGCCUAGCCAUCGUCGCUGUAUACGCAGAUGACGUCAUCGCGCAAGAUCUCAACACAGACGAAAUGUUGCUACAUUUUAGCUCCUUGGCUAUGUAUAUGGACGGUCGUCUAAUACUUCGAAAAGCCCGCGGCCUCCUCUACCAAUUCCGUCAAUUGGUCCGGAUACCCUGCACUUUAGUUGGAAUGUGUCAAAGAUGUGGCCCAGGCAUAUGGGACUCGACACAUCGGCCAAAUGUGGAAUGCACGGGCGCGCAUGACUUCUGCGAAUACGCUGUGCAGUAG